AAGUGUGGGAAGUCGCGCUAAAAUUCACCUCACGAGCUACGCAGCACUCCGUUUCGAGCUUUUCCGUGUCUUCGACCCUUUCAACAACAUCGGCAUCGACAAGCACACCACAGUCCCAUCAGCAACGUACAUUUCCAUAUCGCAAGCACGCCCAUCCCCGCAACCCUCCUCCCUCGUCAACCCUCUCUCCUGGGAAUUCGCUAGUACUUCCCACAUCAACCCAACCUCCCCCUCGAGUCGAGUCUUUCCCACGCUCGUAUCGAAAUGGCGCCCACUUUUGCCUCCGCUGCCUCACAGAACUCCAAUGCUACACGGGAAAGCACAGAAUGGUCCCGCCGGCCGAACGGUGCCACUCAGACCUUCCGUCGACCAUCAGGCCACGUAUCGGCCACCUCCUCCACCCAGCCGCAAGACGCCAGCACUCCAACCCAACCCCCACGAUACGUCCCGCCUCAUCGCAACGGCGCCAUGCCCGACCUACGCUAUACCAGGGAUCAAUUGCUCGACUUGUAUAAAUCACAACACCACGUGCCUGGAGCGCUGAAGGAUGGCCUGGCGGAUCUCUACGUUGGUGGCUGGAGACCCGAUGCUACAAGUGCUUCGGCGGGGUCGAAUUGGGGAAAGAGCGAACAAUCGCGAGACACCCAAUCCGGCCCCGAUAUGUGCUGGGAUGCAAACGGCAGCAUUGAGCCCAUCAGCCUGAGCGAAAUGGACGAUGAAGAGCGCGAGCUCUUUACUACUUCUGUCAAUACGCCGCUCAAACCGCCCAACACUGCAAAGGAGAAUCAGCAAUCGAAUGGCAUGCAGGGUGGUCGAAAGGCCUCAAUGUCUGGCCAGGCGACAGCUCCCGGUGCGUACGGGCCUUUGUCGCCGUCCACCACGCGAGGGUCCGGUCGUCGCCGCGAGACGAACGAGUUCUCGCAAUACCCGGCCAACCCACUAUCCCCGUCGGGCACUGGCUUCAAUCGCGAAGAGCCGAGGGCGCCUUCGCCUCCGCCAUCCUUGGUGCGCCGAAGAACCGACAAAGCCGACACGCGAGACGCGCCCAAAUCAUCGGAGCGGGAUUCGGAGGGCCAGAACAAGUCUUCGCAGGGACCCUUCGCAUCCAUGAAGCGUACCACUACCAACCCUUUGAGCACUGCGUUCGGCGCCCCUUCCUCGCCGUGGUCCAACACGCCCCAGAGUGCCACCAUGUCGCCGAUGGGGUCGUUUGGCAACUUUGGCCUCGGCCAAACAGCCACUUCGGGCGACAAACGACCCAGUCUUGCCACUGGAGGCCGGGCGGAAAGUCGGUUCAAGAACGUGCUGAAUAAGGACGCGACCGAAGAUGACACGCCCAAGCCCGUCGAGCGCAAGACGAGCAUGUCCAACCUGUCUCGGGUGGAUGAGAAUGGAUCUUGGAGAUCGCAGCAGACUCAAGACCUCACAUCAUCCGCACUCGACGAAGGCGACGAAGAUCUUCCGUCGGGCAACGCCGAAUUGGCAUCCGGCCUGCGCGGAUUUGGAACUCCUGCUCGAUCCGAAUUGCGUGAGGAUUUUGGGUUCGGUGCUUUUGGUAUGACCUCGAAUAAUGCCCAGGGACUUGGACAUGGCCUCUACCACCAGACGCCGGCACAACAACGCCAAGCGGGAGGUGGCAACGAACCCAUGAGUCCCACAGACACGAACCCUUACCAAUCUCCGGAUCAGCAUGGGAUCGAGCAGCUCACCGAAGACCAAGGAUCUGACGACAUCCACAAUGGCCAACUACCUGGCCUAGGGGGAUUCAACAGCGAGCAAGCCCAGCAUUAUGGGGGUCUUGGCGGCCUAGGCGCCCUCCCGAACCUGGGCCGCACCGGUCUACCGCAUGGUUCUGCAGGCGACCGCAGUCAGACGUCGAGCGCUGGGCCGAAUCGUGCAUUCCCUGGACUGGGACCAAUUGGUUCGCUCAACAGCAUGUCCGGCGCGGCUGCAUGGCCCCUUGGGCACGGCGGGAUAGGCACCCCCACUCGGCAGGCGUCUGGUAUUUCCAGCGCCUUUGGCAGUGGCUUCUUCGCUGGUGGACUCGGAGAUGUGCAAUCCCCAGGCCUGUCAGGACUUGGUGGCGGCGGGAUGCUCUCACCACAGGGUGCUUACGCUGGCAGUAGAAUGGGGACUCUGUUCCCAUCCGCGAUGCAAGAGCAAAUGCGACAGGCCGAGCAGGAUUACGACCGCUCGGGCGACAGCUCCACUGGACCUGGGGAGUCCUCGAGAUCUUUGAUGGAACAAGAGCGCGGCUCCGACCAAGCAUCUGGACAAUUCGGUGCCCCCGGACAACCGAGUCAGCCUCAGCCACCCAUUGGCCAGUCAUCCCAGCAGUCUCAGGAAUCAGCAAGAUCUCAACCAGGCGCUGGCCAACACCAGGGUCCAGGACACGGAGCGCCGUCGGGUGGCUCUGCGUCAAAUCAGCUCCCUCAGACCCAACAGCGUACAAUGGUCAUGCCUGAUCGUAUGCGGUGGAUCUAUCGAGAUCCUCAAGGCCAGACCCAAGGGCCUUGGUCUGGUCUGGAGAUGCACGAUUGGUACAAAGCGGGUUUCUUCUCGCCCGAACUGUUGGUCAAGAAGUAUGAAGAUCCCGAAUACGAACCACUUGCUCAACUCAUUCGACGCAUUGGCAACUCACGCGAGCCUUUCCUGGUCCCGCAAAUUGGCAUCCCCCAUGGUCAGCCGUCAAACAACGGGCCAAAUGCGUGGGCGGGUUCCGGCCCCGCUGGGUCUGCUGCGGGCUCUGGGGGUGCACAACCCCCUUUUGCCUCUAGCUUUCCUUCUUUUGGCACUACACUCACAGCGGAGCAGCAGAACGCGUUGGAACGUCGCAAGCAGGAGGAACAGUACCUCAUGGCCCGCCAGAAGGAGCAUCUGGCCCAAGCGCAAAUCGCACAGCGGUUGCAGCAACAGCAACAGAUACACCAUGGCAGCCAUCCCCAGCACAGCGGGGGUCUGAUGCCAGGAAGUGGUCAAUUGCAACAUCACGCUUCCGCGCAAUCUCUGCAUUCACAGCCAAGUUUUGGGAGCAUGGCCAGUCCCAACACUGCGGCUUACCAGUCCAGUCCAAACCAAGGCUCCCAGGGCCAGACACCCGGAUUCUUCGAUAACUCCUUCCGCUCCCCAGGGGCUGCUUCGGGGCCGGGUGGCGCGGGUGGUGAUAAUUUGAGCCAGAUCCGAGAAGAAGAGAUUCCCAGUAUCGCCGAUCGCGUGACCCAUAGCGGCCAAGCUGGACAGGCAUCGUACGGAGCCUCCGGACAGCCUUACUCCAGCCAGCAAAUCAGUGAGCAGCACGAACGCCAGGUGCAGCAGAUGUUGGACGAUCGUGCCCGACUACGACAAGAGCAAGAGAGGCAUGAUGCGACGCAGUCGGACCAACCCGUCACAAACGAACGGCUACAGCAACUACAGCAGCUCCAGGGCAAAGUUGACAGUCGAUUUGGACAUGCGACAGGGCCGAGUGCGGGCUCAAAGGUACAGGGCGGUGUGGGCUCGCCUUUGACCACUGGAGAAGACCAGGCUUGGCAGCGCGAGCUGUCUUUGACCGAGCAGGUGCAGAAAGCUGCCUCGGUGCAGCAAUCGCCCGCUCAGGCGCAGUCGGGCUUUCCACAGCCAUUUCCUCCUCCCGCACCAUCUGAGUCUCCACUGCCGGCCCCGGCUGCGCAGCGCACAGGUCGACAAAGUGUCGCAGAUCAGCUUCAGACGGAGCAGCGUGAGCUGUCGGAGACAUCGUCGGCGGACACGCCCAGCGCGGUAGCACCGUGGGCAAAAGAGCUCAACGAAGCAAGCAGAGGACCGUCGCUGAAGGAAAUCCAAGAGAUGGAGGCCAAGAAAGCGGCGGAGGCCGAGGAACUGGCUUCUGCUGCUCGUCGGGCUGCCUUGCAAAGAGAACUGGAGGCCCAAGUCCAGGCGCAGAGCGUUGUGGCCCCCGGUCUCCCGGCAUCCGCGAGCUGGGCCGCGGCGUCUCCAUCUGCUAGCGCCGCUGGCAAUGCAACUGCCUGGGCAAAGGCCGCCCAGAAAGUCAGUGGACCAGCUGCUGCGAAAAGCAUGGCGCAAAUUCAGAAAGAGGAGGAAACGCGGAAGAAGAAGUUGGCAGCGGCGGCCAUUGCAGCCCAAGCGACUGCCACGGGCGGCGUAGCAAGUCCUGUUGGCGGGAAAAGCUACGCCAACCUGGCCGGCAAAGUCGCAGCACCCGCGUCCGCUGGUGGUGCUUGGACAACUGUGGGAGCUGGAGGGAAGACCAAAACUCCCGUCACUGCACCCGUGGCCAACCCUACGAGGGCCGUGAGCUCUGGUGUGGUGCCCAGUGCAGUGCCGGCGCCGGUAGCAGCAGCGUCGCCACUGGCCAAGAAAACGCCGGUCAAGUCUUCUGCGACUCCAAGUGCUGGGAGCAUGAACGCGCAAGAAGAGUUCAGGAAAUGGGCGGUUGGCGAAUUGCGGCCGGACUUGAAUCAGGGCAUUGCGGCCGAUGACUUUGUUGGCAACCUGGUCGCCUUACCGCAAGAUUCCGACAUCAUCACGGAAGCUGUGCACGGCGCGUCGAGCACCAUUGACUCGCGCCAUUUCGCGGAGGAGUUUAUCCGACGCAAGAAAUUGGCCGACAAAGGGCUAGUCGAUGCUUUUGCGCCGCCGAAGAGUGCGAGUCCGCAUACGGCGAACGUGGACAAGGCGGGCGGAUGGAGUGAGGUUGCGAAGAAGACUAAGGAAGUUCCUGCCAGCAGCAGCAGGGAGGAGACCAAUGGCAACUUCAGAGUGGUGCAGUCGAAGAAGAAGGCGGGGAAGCGUUGAUUGGGGAGAGGAUGCAUGCCGUCCGUGGAGGGAGACAGCUAGGGUAUGCACCAUGCGUGAAAGACAUGGUCUCGACUUUACUCUGGUCAAAAAUCCGGGUAUAAGCUUUGGGCGUCAAACACCUUGAUGAAAGUGCCGGCGACGAUCCCGCGUUGGCUGUGGCGAAUGGGGUGUGACGAGUGGUAGACGUCACGGCCAGACUAGCCUUUGGGCAAGACAAACAAAUUCCUUUGCGUGCGCGCUGGCCUUCCUCUUCCAUCCCAACAACAAUUUGU